UUCACUUUUUAACAGACGCAUUCUCCGUUGCGGGCCUGUUGGCAACAACCGAAGGUACCUUGAACCAUAAAGGCGGUGAUUCGUUUACGGUAUGUGCACGAGUUUCUUGUUCACCCUUACGCCCUUAGAGGGACCCACACGUGGCGCGAAACGAGGAGGGAAUGAAAACGGUGACAUUGGAAAGAAUGGUGGCCCUUCCUUUCUUCUAUGACUAAAAAGACGGUGAUUGUUCAGUUGAUUUGUCCAUCCGCCUCCUCUGUAGCUUUCGGCUCUAGGGUGUACGCACACCUGAGCCGGGACAAGUCGCCAUAAAACGGGCGGACACGGAGCCUUCCGUGGAAUAUCCGUCGCGUUCGUUUAGCUCCCAUUUCAGACCGGGAUUGCAUUUCCCCCGGUAAAUGGCAGCUACGCAUCUCUCCUCUUCCUUCGGUUCAGUGGGAAAGGGUGUCCAGGGAGUUCUUCCUUUCCUUUUCCCCACCUUCCUGCCGCCGGCGUGUGGGGAUGGCUGGGCAGGUGGGCGUUUUUCCGUUUUCCAACGAGGUUUUCGUCGCGGAUCUGCCGUUCCUUUUUGUUGGGUCAAACAAUGGAGAAUUCCAUCCAGAACUCGUCAUUCUCGCCUGAAUCUGCCGCCAUUUUCUGUGUUUCCUCUUCGUACCCGCGCCUACCAUGCAUACGCCUCUAUGAGUUCUGCUCACGACAGUCACCCCCAGCAAGUGGAACCUUCGGUGCAGCCUUUUCGUGACGGCGACCUUUCAACGCAUAUCGCAGAGGUCGCUGAAAAGCACACCGGCCGUCUUGUUGGAUUUCUAGGCCUGGGCAACAUGGGUCUUCCCAUGGCAACUCACUUGGCAGGUCGCGGCAUCCGUUUGUGCGUCUACGACCCUGGAAAAUCCGACGCCUCUUAUCAUCUGCAGAAGCAGUUUGGAGCCGUCCCCGCCUGCUCUGUGGCGGACCUUGGCAGCAAGCUGCGGGCCUCGUUUUUAUCACAUGGAAAUGUGGAAACCGAAACUUGUGAAGGGAGCACACGGCAGGAAGUAUUGCGUAGGUGUGUCGAGCCUGUUUCCGAUCCGGGCCGCGCGUUCCGUUCCACCUGCUUUCCCGCUGUUUCUCAUUCCGCCGCUCUCCAGAAGGAGCCGCAUGUGGCCGAGUGGCAGCACGACGCCAAUCAAAUCCUGCGCGAAAACAGGGACUUUGCAGCAUGUGGAGCGGCGCCGCCGUUCCCUGUCGUCAUCAGCAUGUUGCCAAGCGGCCGUCAUGUUGAAGAAGCUCUGCUUUCUGACAAUGGCCUUCUCAGGGCGCUCGAAGGAGCGUCAGGGAAGGCGCAGGAUUCCCUCGACUUGUGCCGCGCCUUCGUCAUCGACUGCAGCACCAUCGGGCCUCUCCACGCGGUCGAGAUCGCCGAAAGGGUGACACGUCGUGGCCACCAUUUCGUCGAUGCGCCAGUGUCCGGUGGCGUUCCCGGUUUGCAACAACCUCAUCUUGGCAGCGUCCAUGCUGGGCGUCGCCGAGGCCUUUCGACUUGGCGAGGCACUCGGUGUCGAUUUGAAGCUCCUUAAUGACGUGGUCAAUGCCUCGUCUGGCAGGUUCGUUCUUUGUGUUUAGAGAGACUUCUUUGUCAUGGUUGUGUGAAGCAUGCGUGUGUAUGGAUGAGGUUCAUCUCUGGAAACUCUUCCGCAGUGACGUCCUUCCUGUUUCGACUGUCUCCAAAGCUGAUGGAUCGAACUCUCGUGCAGUCCAACGCGACACAGAUCAGCUGGUUCUUGUUUUAUGGAUUGCUAGGAGUUUUUUGUGGGAUGCAUGUGUCGUUGAUAGAACGCAUUUUUGUGCCAAGUCGACGUUGAGAACCAAUCCGUGCAUGGAGCUCCACACUCGCCUUAACUUCUAGCCGUCGGAAACGGAUUACUGCCAGUGCGCACCCUAGAGAAAAGCUGCGUUUCCCGUUUCCUCGGGGGGUGCACGUGCAGGUGCUGGUCAGCGGAGCAGUAUAACCCGGCACCGGGAAUCGUGGCCACUUCGCCGGCGAGUCGCGCGUAUUCAGGCGGUUUUUCUGUGGACUUAAUUGUCAAGGAUCUGCUGCUCUGCAAAGGUGCUUUCGAGGCUCAGUCGCUGAAGUGUCCUGUGACGGAUGCGGUCUUGACGAUGUUCCGACGUGUGUCUGACAAAGGCCACCGACACUUGGACAUCGGCUGCGCUUUUCUUUACAACACGUGAAACGACAAACAACGGACUCGGAGAGCGACGCGACUGGUCACAAGUCUCCCAUGCGGAUGUGUUAUCUGCUUUUCUUGGAUACCUGAAUCUCAAGAUCGCGCAGAGAUGUACCAAAUUUGGGUUGAGCUUGCGCCGAAAGCUCAGUCCUAUGAGGGGGUGCUCUUUGGUGAAGGUUUCUCUGAGAGACGCACGGCGUGUCUCCGGGAGAGGGAUACAGUGGAGGAACAGCUGGUCUGUGGAACCGCUGCCACUGCAUGACUCGACAGCCUCCCUUGGUGUGACGUAUCCGAGUGCAAGUUUCUUUUUUGGGAGAAGAAUUUUCUGCCAGUUUCCCCCAGCAUGGGGGAGCGUGCGUCAGUGGUUGUCGAGUCGGAUUCGUGGACUCGAGGUGGCAACAAGCCGACUUUCCGAAGUGCCAAAGGGCCGUGUUUGUCUGCGCAUAUGAAAGGCGUCAAAGCGGUGCAUAGUUUUUAUGUGAGUGGUGAGGCGUGUACGGCGAACAGUGGGUUUCUUCCCAGUUCAUCAUGUUUGAAUUCGGAUGUGUGUGAGGGGAUGUCCUGCUCCCAUCGUCGGGUUUUCAACGGUGGCAGUUUCCGUAAAGGGGAGUUUUGACGUUGCUGCGUUAGCUGGUGUUCUCCGAGUGUACAGUAUCCUGUGCUGAAUUUGAUGAGACGUAUUUCACACGUGAGAUGCUUGGCAAGCGAUCGUGCCUUUUGGGGCUCUAUGUUUGUCUCUGACGUUCUCCGGCUCAUAAUGUGGGUUAUUGUCUCAUCUUUGUCAAAGGCUUUUUUUCGUAUCUGUUCGUUGAACAGGUGCCGCGUAUUUGAUCUUCCGCAUAGUGAUUUGAGAUUUCUCUAGGGAUCGCGCGUCUGUGCGCUUUUGUAGGGGUUGUAGAGACGAACCUCUUUUGUGCGUGACGUUUCAAGUUUUUAAGGAUGGGACAGGAAGCAUGCGUUUCUUGACUGAUGUCAUUUACAUCACAGGUGAAAGGACGUACAAUUCUGCAAUACCGUCCGCUGUUUGGGUAGAGUGCUCGUUCGUUGUCGGCAGAACAAGAAGGUUUCGUCCACGUCAUAUACGUGUUCAGAGAAACUCUAUGCCGCUUCUGUCGUUGUGUCUGCUGUUCGGCAACAGCUGCGGUGCUGUCUUGUGCAGACUACGAUCUUGUUAAUUUUUUGAUUUCCUUUGAGCCCCACGGUAACGGUAUCAUCAUUACCGUCCAGUCGCUUCUGUCGGAUUUUCGUUCAUCGAUUGUGUAGCACGUGUGCAAGUGAAACGUGUCACGCCUAAAUACGGCUGUCUACCAGCUCUACCAAAGUGUAGAUGCACACAUUGAGGCUUUCUACAGAUGUGAAACGCUCGUUUCGUCUUCUGCAUGUCUCUCUCGCCACUCAAGUUUGAUUCGAUUAAAACGCAAAGUCCACGGGACUACCAGAACGAUAAACACAAUAUAUAAUCCAUUAGUACCGCUCAUUGGUUCGGAGACUCAAGGUUGCCUUCAGUUGGUUGCUCUGGAAACUCUCACGAUGAACGCUUUUUUCUGCUUAUGGCUGUCCAACAGCUUCAUUGUCUUCUCCAGCAGGUGGAAACAAGUGAAAUUGUGGUUGUCCUCCGUGGGCAUGUUCUGUGAAAGCGUCGUGAAGCGACUUCAGUCUGUUAGCCAGGAGAUCGCACAGACACAUGAGCCAAACAGAUGCUUCCAGUGUGGAAAACAUCGUGUAUGUUCCAUUUCCUAACACAUGUGUAGGGUAAGCUCUGAAUUGUCAACCCGCGUACGUCUGGUUGAGGGCCACAAUAAAACGAGCGACAGAGACGGCAUGGAGCUGUCU